AUGAUAAAGCGGAAGAAAAAUAUUAUGGUGACAAUUUGUAGAGACUUAAAUUUUGUUAAGAAAAAAUGUUGUCCCCUUUAUAUUUCUUCGCACUGUUUUCACACAGGAAUAGAGGCAGGAAAUUAUAUGAACGUUCAUAUAAAAAAAAAUGAAACAAACCAACUAUUAAAAUUUAAUGACAAUAUAAAUAAUAUUAACAUACAAAAUUCAAUUCAUAAAAAAUAUAUAGCUGAUGACACUUUUUGUCCAUAUAUAACAAAAAGGAAAACCAUUUUAAAUAUAAUGUCUUAUGAUAUAAAAAUAUACCAAAAAGAUAUGUUAUAUAAAAAAAGUGAUGGAUGUAAUAAUGCAUAUUUAUAUUCCACAAAAUUAAAAAACUUAAAAUAUAGUGAUAGAAUAAAUAACUAUUUAAAUGUAAACUUUUUUAAUAAAUCUAUAACUAACAAUAAUGAUGAUUAUAUUAUUUCUAAAAAGAGUCUCUUUGAUAUAUUGUAUAAAAAAUAUAGUUUAUUUUAUAUAUUUCCAGAUACAAAUUAUAUUGACGAAAUGAAUAAAUAUUUAGAUUAUUUUAAUAAAAGAAAAGAAAAUUAUAAUAUAAAAGAUAAUAUUUUUAAUGAUGAAAAAAAUAUAAUUUUUUUAAAAAAUAAAAAAAAACCUAUUCAUAUAUUUUAUUGUUAUGUAUCCCCAUAUAAUUUUGUCUUAUCAUCAUAUUUUAGUAAAAAAAUUGCUAAAGAUUUAAAAACAAACCAUUUUAAUAAUCAAAAUUUUUUUUAUAUAGAUAGUAAAUUAAAUACGGAUGAUCAAAAUAUAUUAUUAUUGCAAAAUAAUAUGAAUAAAUUACCAUCUCUUUUAUUAGUUGAUAAUUAUUGUUAUAUAAGAUAUCAUAUAAAAGGGUUGUUUACAAAUGAGGCGUCUCACUACCUUUUUAACGCAAUCAUGAAUAUUUAA